AUGUUUUGUUGAUUUUUUUGAUCAAUCUUUUUUUUUUCAAUGAAUAAUUAUGAUGAAUGCAGAGCUGAAACAUCGUCGUGAACAAUUUAUCCAUGGUAAUCACGGCAGUAAUGGACCUUGGGAAAUAUUUCAAUUGAUUAUAAUCGCUCAAUUUUCUCAUAUUUUGUACGAAUCGUUUAUAUUUGCUUUUCCAAAUCUACGAAAAACAUGGCCCAUUCUGUUGUUUAUCAUCGAUUUUUUGAUGAUAUAUUCACCAUUCAUUAUGGCUGUAACCGUCUGGCAUGAUCAUAUUGUUUUGUUAUUAACAACCAUUUCAGUAUUGAUAUUGUUCAAUUUUUCCAUUUAUGUCAUGUACAAUUCGAAACGUAUUUGUUGGCGAAACAUUGGCCAACAAUCAAUACAGUAUCCUGAUUCAAAAAGAUUUCCAUACAUAUCAAAUAUGAUGUCAUCAUUAUUAUUGGCCACAUGUUUAGCCAUAUUUGCCGUGGAUUUUCGCUCAUUUGAUCGCCGUUUUUCCAAAACAGAAAUGUACGGUUGGAGUUUGAUGGACGUUGGUGUCGGUUGUUUCAUCGCCAUCAAUGGUGCAUUGUCUCCAGAAUCUCGGUUGAUAAAUAGCAAUGUUUCUUUGAUAGCGAGAUUUAUGAAAACUUUACGCUCUUCAUUUCCAUUAUUGGUGAUUGGAUUCAUUCGUUUGGCAGCAGUCAAAUCGGUAAACUAUCAAGAACAUGUUACUGAAUAUGGUGUUCAUUGGAAUUUUUUCUUUACAAUCAGUUUUGUCAAGAUUCUAUCUUCAAUUUUAUGUGCCUUUCUUGGUAGUAGAAUCAAUCUUUGUGCUGUAUCGAUAAUGGUGAUGAUUGUACAGCAAAUGAUGCUCAAAAUAUUUGGCACCGAAUUCAUAAUGGAUUCAUCGAAUCGUACAUUGAAUGUAUUCACAGCCAACAAAGAAGGACUAUUGUCAUUGCCAGGAUUCAUUUCCAUUUAUUUAUUUUUCGUUCAAUUGGGUAGAAAUUACAUUCCAAAAAGAGAAAAAGUUUCCGAACUAUUAUCGAUUAGCAUGCAAAUCAUAAUCAUUGGUUUACAAUCAUUGGCAAUAAUGUUUGCCGCUCAUCAUCUAUUGGAACCAGUAUCACGACGUGAAGCAAAUAUGUCAUUCAUUUGUUUUAUCAUUUGUUGUGCAUGUUUAAACAUUUUGAUCGAACUAGUCUAUUUCCUUUGGAUACAGAUAGCUAAACCGAAUUUUUCCGAUUAUGAAAGUUUGGUUUUUACCGUCAUCAAUCGAAAAGGAUUAUUGAUAUUUUUGAUAGCCAAUCUUAUAACAGGCCUCGUCAAUCUUACCAUUGAUACGAUGGCCAUGAACAAUGUAAUGUCUGUGUUAUUGAUUCAUUUGUAUGGUGUUAUUCUUACAUUUUCUGGUUUUAUUUUGGAUAAAAUUUUUCGUUAAAUAAAUUUCUUUA